ACCUUAAUUGCCAGAUGAGGAAAAUAUGCUUGCCUUGAAAUGAAAACCACGUUGAAAUCAGUAGCAUCGAUUGCUUUGUAUACUUCACUAAAGACAUUCCGACAUUUAUUUCAUCAUAUUGUUAGGAUAAUACGUGUGUCCUGGCUUCAAUACUGAGGUUAUCUGGGAUACCAAACGUGCUGUAUACAGUUGUCUCUCUCUCAAACAAUUCAUAUGGAAAACAAGCUGAUAGGCAACAAAGAAGUAAAGUGUCUUGCAUAGAAAAGAAACAAGAAGAAUGAAGAUGUCUAUUUGUUUAGUUGCCAGUCUGUUGUUAGUGUUUGUUGGAGCAUCCAUGGCUAAUGACGAAAUGAUGGAGGAUAAUGAGCUGGCCAACCAUCUUGUGAAAAGAAGUGUAAUACCAUCACCACCUUGUGCAAAUGAUGGAGCUAACUGUAGGAAAAAUGCAUGCUGUCCUGGUUCAACCUGUGUUUAUGGCAACUGCAAGUCAUGUAACCCAAGAAAAUGCAAAAAAGCUCGUGACUGCUGUGAUCAAUCUAGCUGCGUUUACGGAAACUGCAAAUCAUGUAACCCAAGAAAAUGCAAAAAGACCCGUGAUUGCUGUGGUGAUUCAAGCUGCGUCUAUGGAAACUGUACGUCAUGUAGAGCAAGAACCUGUAAAGGAAAAAACGACUGCUGUAAAGGAUAUACAUGUUCAUACAAGAAAUGCGUAAAGAAGGAUUAAGCGUGUACCAGGUACACGAAUAGGGACGUUUGAAGCGAUAGACUUUCAUUACAUACUUAUGUCUAUAAUGUAAAAAAUAAAAUAUAGGUAAAUAGAAGA